AUGGCUGAUUUCACCGACGCCGCGUACAACAAGUACCAUGCUGGCCAAGGUGCGGGCGUCCUGAUCGGCAACUGGCACGAGGAGCAGGUGAUCCGCGAAGCCACUGGCGAGGGGAGGACCGUGCCGCAGAGGCACCUGCCGCGCUCUGGGCUCCUGACGGACUUCACGAAGGUGCCGAACGACGGUUUUCGAAAGAUGGACAACACGUUCGAGCGGGUCUAUGGCCCGAAAUCCGUUGGGACGCCCGGGUCCACCUACAAGGAGUCCUGCAACUACGACAACGACGCCUUCAAGACGGAGGGGAGCGGACCCAAGGACAGGACCCUGCAGUCGCGCCACCUGCAGGAGGCCGAGAGGCUGGUGCAGGAGGAGGAGGCGAAGCUCGCGGAGCUUGCGAACGCGCGGAGCUUCGAGACAACAACGACCGCAUUCCACGGGCAGGUGGGAAAGCCCUCCUAG